AAAACAGCCGUACAGUAUGGUUUGUGUUGUUACUUUCGCUUCGGGGACAAUCAAAGAUCGAAGACGGUACAAUACAGUAAAGGGGGGAUUUAAAAAAAUACUGUAAUCAACAACAUUUGACCAUCUUCAAUCGAUGUCAACACAUCAAGAUUUCUUGUCCUGUCGCUUCUUCGCAUUUCUUGUUCUUUCAGUAUUCCAUGGUUUUUUUUACAGAGUAAUUUGUUAAACAUCAAAAGGCAAAGAUUCCGGAGAUUGAAGGUCUUCUUUCCACCCCGAACCCGCUGCUUUUCCUCUAUCUUCGCACGGCAAAAACAAACAAUACGUCUCUCGGUUGAUCGAUUCCUUCCUUCCUUCCUUUCUUCAAACACCCAACACCAAAAUGUACUGGUGGGCCGUCUCAGCGGCGUUCGCCGUAGUUGUUGUUGCCCUGGUUCGGUACUGGCACCUCGACUCGUUCGUCCUGGGCUUGCUGAGCCUCCUCGAUUUGCUCCUGGCUAUCAAGCGGCGGGCACGCAGCGUCCAGACGAAAUCCCCGGAAUGGACCAUGGCCGAUACCAUCGAGGAAUCCUGCAGCAAGCACUGGGACAAUCUCCUCAUGGUAAUGGCCGGACAAAACGAUGACUCGCAGUGCCCUUCUGUCUCGUCUCCGAGCCAAAACCAGAAGCCGAAAGCCCAAAUGACCUACGGCGAGGCAGAAAUGGCGUCGUCCGCCGUCGCCAGGUGGAUUACCGCCACCACGGCGUCGAAAGCGGCUCUCUGCGAGCCCGACGACGCGGUUGCCAUCUUCAUGCCGAGCAGCUGCGAGUUUGUCGCCGCUCUGUUCGGGUUGAUUCGCUCCGGGGUCCGUGCCGCCCUGGUCAACACCGAGCUGCGGGGAACCUCCCUGGUCCACGCCCUCACCUCGGCCCUGGACCGGGGCAGCGACGCCGGGGCAGCGGGUGCCAGGGGCGUGAGGGCCGUGCUUGUGUCCCCGGGUCUCAAACACGUUUUUGACUCGCUCCGGGAGGCGGGUCAGCUGCCUUCCUCCAUUGCCGUCAUCGAGUGCGGCGCCGGGUGCGAGCUGGACCCCUGGACCGAGACGAGACGCUUCGCCUUUCACGGACGGCAAGCGCAACCAAAAAGCAAGGCGUCGGGGUGGGACGGGACCUGCCUCUACAUCUAUACCUCGGGCACCACCGGCUUUCCGAAGGCCAGCAAGAUGAACCACAUGCGGAUAUGGAUGAUGGGCUGCGCCGGCAAGAAGCUCUGCCGGCUGCGGUCCGGCGACCGGCUCUAUUGCCCCCUCCCGCUGCACCACUCCAGCGGCCUUGGGCUCGGCCUGGGGGCCUGCCUCCAGAGCGGCUGCACGACGGUGGUGCGCCCAAAGUUUUCGGUGCGGCAGUUUUCUCGGGACAUUGCGACGCACCGAUGCACGGGUAGGUACACUGUUUGGUUGUCGUUUUCUGGUGACUGUAUCAUUCCAUGCCGUGCCGCGGCACACCCUAGCAUGCGCUAAAUGUUUGAUGCUUGGUUCUCUGGAUGGAGUCUCACCACAGCUUUUGUCACCGUACGAUGUUUGUCUCUCCUGUGCGAUGAAACUAGGUGUGCAAUAUAUUGGAGAGAUGGCUAGGUACCUUGUCUCCGCUCCACCCAGCCCGUUCGAUUCCGAUGUCAGGCUUCGGUUCGCCCUCGGAAACGGGAUGCCACAAGAAAUCUGGCUGCCCUUUCAGAAACGAUACAACAUCGAUCUCGUCAACGAAUUCUACGCGAGCACGGAAGGAAACGUCAACGUCUUCAACGGCACGGGGGUGGCACCGGGGGCGUGCGGAAUCGUUCCACUGGGAUUCGGAUGGAUAUAUCCCAUUGGGAUUUUUCGCUACGACACGGACACCGGAGAGCUGCUCCGUGACGCCACCACCGGUCUGUGUGUCCCGGCUAGCCCAAACGAACCGGGCGAGCUUCUGGGACUGAUCAAGUCCAGUGAUCCCACCCGUCGGUUCGACGGCUACACGAACCAUUCCGCUACGCGGUCCAAGAUCGUGAGCAAUGUUUGCAGGAAAGGAGACCGAUACUUUCGGUCAGGGGAUUUGCUGCGGCAGGAUCGCCGUGGGUUCUUGUAUUUUUGCGAUCGCGUUGGAGAAACCUUUCGCUGGAAGGGCGAGAACGUCAGCACCUCGGAAGUUGCCAGGGCUCUCCUGGAGUGCCGUGGGAACGGCGUCGGUUCGAAUACCCAGGCGGCUGGAGCUACAGAAGCCAAAGGAGACACGGCAUGGUUUGCGGAAGCCGUCGUCUACGGAGUGGAGGUCGAGGGGUACCCCGGGCGAGCAGGCAUGGCAACGGUGGUCAUGAACGAGGGUGCUAGCAGCAACAAGUGGCAAGAUUCCUUGUGGCGUUCGCUUCAAGCCGAACUUCCACGGUACGCCCAGCCACUCUUCCUCCGGAUCGCAACCGAGAUCGAAAAGACGUCGACCCAGAAAUACAAGAAGAAGAAACUCCAAGACGAAUCCUUUUUUGAUUGCGGGGGCGAUGCUGUCUAUUUUCGUGACGAUGCCGCCAAUCGGUUUGUGCCAAUGGACGAGACGAUCCACCACGGCAUACUGAGCGGAAACCGAAGGGUGUAACGCGAGGACGAAGCAAAACCCUUUGAAAUCUGUUGUGUUGAAAUCUUUUUGCCUCGGAGGGCUACGGUACGGCAGUCUUUUUGAAUCGAAUUGGCCUAUUGAGUAAAGCAAGAGAGGCUUC